CAAGCCCCAUUAAUCGGAGUGUGCAACGGGCGGGUGGCCGACAACCUGCCGCCGGAAGGUGAGGUGGUGGCUUUCUACACGGCCAACGGGAUAACCAAAAUGAGAAUCUACGAGCCCGACCAGUUCACCCUCCAAGCCCUGAACAACACAUCCAUCGAGCUCGCCCUAGACGUUCCCAACGAGGUCAUCCCGACCCUAGCGGGGGACCCAGCAGCCGCCACGGCCUGGGUCCAGACCAACGUCAUAUCCUACACUCCCUCCGUCCAGUUCCGUUACAUCGUGGUCGGUAACGAGGUCAUGCCCACCGACCCAAUCUCCCAGAGCGUCCUCCCGGCCAUGCACAACAUCCAGAACGCGCUAGCUCAGUCCCCCGCCGCCGCCGCCGCCAACGUAAAGGUGUCCACGACCAUUAGGGUGGACCUGCUGGGGACAACUUACCCGCCGUCUGCCGGAGCGUUCGCGGACUCCGCGACGGCGUACGUGGUCCCCAUUGUGCAGUUCCUGGCCGCCAACGGAGCUCCGCUGCUGGCCAACGUGUACCCCUACUUCGCCUACAUCGGGAGCUCGGGCCAGGUGGCGCUCGAUUAUGCCAUUUUCGGGACCGGCGGGCGAGUGGUGGUGCAUGAUGGCGUGUUGGGAUAUCAGAAUCUCUUCCAUGCCAUGGUUGAUUCGGUUUACGCUGCUCUUGAGAAGGCUGGUGCUCCCAAUCUUCAGGUGGUUGUGUCAGAGACAGGGUGGCCGUCGGCCGGCAAUGACGGGGCGACGCCGGAGAAUGCUGCGGCUUACUAUUUGGGUUUGACGAAUGGUACGGUCACCAGCGGGACGCCAAAGAGGCCCGGGCAGCCCGUGGAGACUUAUUUGUUUGCAAUGUUUGACGAAAACCAGAAACCAGGGGCGGCAUCGGAGCAGCAUUUUGGGUUGUUUACCCCGGAUAAACAACCCAAGUACCCGCUUGUUAAGUUCACUAAUUAG